AUGGCACAGAAAAAGCCCCGCCAACGGUCCAUUGCGAGCUUUUUCGCUCCAGCUCCAGCUAGAAAAAAAGUUUCUACGCCCGAAAAGGUCGUUGUGGCCCGUGCAGACAGUCUCUUGUCGGAAAUGGCACUGGCUCGGUCCACCUUCGACGAUUUUGCAAGUUCAGAUACAUCAUUCGGCCUGCCAGAAGUGACAAACUUCAAAAAUCCCGUCCUUUCGCGAGUUUCGAGCAACUUGACGGGUCUGCCGCCCCGCAAGAACCACGGUAUUUCGGGUUCCAGUCAAGAAAAGCGUCAGUUUCUGCGAACUUUUUUUGAUCUAGAUGCUAGACCAAAGAAAGUUCCUCGUAGGGUUCCCAAGGCUGCGUCACCGCUGCUACUGACGUCGUCUGUAUCGCUUAGUGUUGAGCAGCUUGCAAUCAUAGAUGCUGUGGUUUCUCGAGGUGAAAAUGUGUUUUUUACUGGUUCAGCAGGAACGGGAAAGUCUGUGGUGUUGCGAGAAAUGGUCCUGCGCCUUUAUGCCAAGCACGGUGCUUCUCAUGUGGGCGUCACGGCAUCUACGGGUUUGGCCGCAUGUAAUAUUGGUGGACUGACCGUGCACAAGUUUUUGCACAUCGGGAUCGGUACAGGGUCGCCGCAAGAGAUUGCCGUAAAGAUAAAGAGAAACGGCUCUGCUCGUAAAAAAUGGACGUCAUUAGCAGUGCUUAUCAUUGACGAAAUUCUGAUGAUCGAUGGUAUUCUCUUUGAGAAGAUCGAUAAGAUCGCCCAAAUAUUGCGCAACUCGACGGCACCGUUUGGGGGUAUCCAGCUAGUUUGCACUGGAGACUUUUUCCAGUUGCCACCGGUAUCGAAGAAUCAAAGUGCACGAUUCUGUUUUCUAAGUGACUCUUGGCGCAAGGCGAUCCGGAAUACAUUUAUUCUCACAACCGUUUUCCGUCAAAAGGGCGACAGCGAAUUGAUCGAAAUGUUGAAUUCAUUGCGGAAGGGCAAACUUGACGACGCCAUGGUUGCCAAAUUCCGCCAACUUGGCCGUAAGGUGGUUUAUGACGACAAUAUCGAGCCAACAGAACUUUAUCCGACACGACAGGAGGUGAAAGCUGCUAAUCAACAACGUUUACGUUUUUUGCCAGGUCAACUGAAUAUCUAUAAGGCACAGGACAGCGAAAAAGACCAAUUCAAGCGCAAGUUAUAUGAUAAUUUGAUGUGUGAAGAAAUUCUUGAGCUAAAGAAAGGCGCACAGGUUAUGUACCUUAAAAACCAUCCAGACAACUUGGUGGUGAAUGGUUCUAUCGGAACCGUAGUUGGCUUCAUUACGGAAAAUCUCUUCAAGACUUUGUUUGAUGUUUUGGGGGAGCAGACUUUUUGCAAUAUGAGCGAAGAGUACCAACAGCUUCUUACACUCUUGUGCGAUUUAAUCGGGAACCGGAGCAUGACGUCUGACCAAACACGGGUAUUUAACAACCUUCCUCCAGAUUUGCACGCUAAAGCAAGCAGGCUUAUCAUGGAAGCAUACAAGCAGGACCCAAAUGAGGAGCGCAUGCCGUUGGUCAGUUUCCUUGUCGAUGGAUAUCCUACAGUACUCUACGUCCGUAGAGAAGAAUUUACUGUGGACCAGGGACAAGCGAAAAAAGAUGGCCAAGGCAAUGAGAUGACCCGUCUGCAACUUCCGCUUCUUUUAGCAUGGGCCAUGUCCAUUCACAAGGCACAAGGUCAAUCCAUAGACCGACUCCGAGUCGAUUUACGAAAGAUCUUCGAGAGGGGACAGGUGUACGUUGCCUUGUCCAGAGCCACCAACAAGGAGCAUUUGGAGGUGAUCAACUUUGAUCCUAGGCGAAUCACCGUGGCGGAAGAGGUUCUACAAUUCUAUCUGCAGAUUUCACCUGUAGAUGUUAAGAGAGAAAAGAGUCUUGCAGAAGUGCAUUAA